GUAGGACGAGUCUGCUGCGCUUGGCAGCUAAGAGAAACAGUGGUUGCGCCAGCUCAGUAGUUGCUCCGCUUCACUAUUGCACCUGUACAUGGAGAUUGUGCUGGCUGUCUGCUGAUUCAUGGCAAUGCCUCACAUUGUUUCCUGAUUUUGGCAAGCACUGUGUACAGUCCCUGUCCCAGCGGUUGUCUUGCAAUUGUGGGCCCACCUUCUGGCGCACACCGUUUGUGUUGGACAUGGGGAAGAAGAAUAAGGGCAGAGCCGCCGGGCCCGCAAAGGUGGCCGUGUCUGGGCCCAGUGAAAUUGAGAUUGUGCGAUUCGAAUGUGAAAAGGCAAUCAAGUCGUUAAAGAACAACCCGCAGCGGGCUCAGAAAACGAUCAAGGAGACCUGCCAGAGGCACCCCAAUGUCUCCCUGGGGUUCAGGUACCAUGCGUACAUUGAGAGGCGGCUGGCAGAGCAUCAGCAUGAUGCGAGCGCGCUUAAGAAGCGGCAUGUGACUGCCGCGCUGGAAGCUGCAAAUCGGGCCACGGUCCUGAGCCCCAACUCGAUGGAGCACGGUUUCUUCUAUGCAACGCUCUUGCAGGAGUAUAUGCCUCUGCGGGAGGGCAGGGAGAGGAACGUGGAGGCUGUUGCUGAGUGUGAGCGCGCGCUAGCGAUUGCUGAACCAACAGAUCCUGCAGAAGACAUGCUCGACGAGCUGCCAGAGGAGUUGAGAACAGCGGAGGUGAGAAUUGCGCACUUCAAGCACCAGCUGCGGCAGCUCUCUUGCCAGAUUAAGCUCACAGACCUUCAGAACAUCUUCAAGAACGGCAGUGUGGAUGCAAACGGGAAUUUCGUGCCGCUGACUACAAAGGUGCGCACGGAAAUGGGGUCGGCACAGCCGCUAUCAGAGCAGAGGAGGGCGGAGAAGAUGGAGAAGACUUCCAAGGCGGAGGUGGAGCAGAUAUCGCAAAGAGAGGAGCAGCCGGUGGUGAGAGACGAGGAGCAGGAAGAGCAGCAGGGCGGCGAUGAGGGCGAGAAGGGACUGGGUGAGAUAAGCAAAAGUCAGAAUGACGGUACGGAGGAAACGCUGAGCGAGGUCAAGGGUGCCCAUGCGAAAAAGAGGCAGGACCUGGGCCAGGUCUCAAGCAGUGAGCCAGCGCAGCCGCUCAACCCAGGGGAGAGUGGGAAGGCGAGCAGCCCACAGGAAGAGGUCAUGGAGACCGACGAGGAGGACGAAAAUACUAUGGAAUGCAAAGAGUGCGACGCCACGUUUACGUCGGCAAACGAGUACCUGGCGCACCACAAUGUCGAGCACCCCUCCCUCCCGCCCGACGAACUCAUCGUCCCUGUGGACCUCCCCGCCAACUUCGACGAUUCGGAGCGGCGCGCGGCGCUGAGGGAGACGCUGACGACGGUGCGGGUGGCGAUUGCGCGGAGGCGGCUGCUGUUGGCCCACCAGCACAAGAUCUUCCAGUACUUGGUUAACGACUUGCAGGACAUGCUUCCGGACCCUGCCGCCAGCGCGGAGUGGCAGCACGAUUGGCACCUGUUGCGGAUGGUGAACAAAGAGGACCUCGGCACCGUGCGGAGAUUUCUGCUAAACGAGGUUCUUCGCGACGACACAGAGACGACAGAAGACGGAGGCGAUCCGAAGAGCACCAACCACUCUAGCAAGCCGGCGAGUGUCGAAGUUCCAAAUCCGCUUACAGCGGCACCGGCAGGCGAGCCUUCAGCGAGGGGCGCGGUGGGAGAGUGA